AUGGGAGUAGUCGUUGCGCUCUGGCAAGUGGCCGUAGACGUGACGCAUUUUUGGCAGCAGAAACUCCUCGACUGGUACACACGCAAGACCCCCGUCGAAUUAUGGCUCGAACUCCUCCGUCAUGCCGAAGCCUUCGAGGACUGGGAAGAGGCAGCCCUGCAUCUAGAUAACUUACUUGGACUGGACUUGUGGAGGAAUAACCCAACGUCCAAGUUCUACGACUACCGCCUAAUCAACGAGCGCCUCAACUCUUUAAUCGCUGCGAGAGAGGAUGGCAACCUUAACCAACUAGUCAACCUCCUUCGCUCCGGCCUGAUCCGGAACUUGGGCAAUAUCACUGCGCCAACCCUCUACAACCGGUCUUUCGCAGGCACCAAGUACUUGAUCGAAGAAUACAUUACCCAGAUCGCUGAAGCGGUAGAGGAUAUCACACAUCUGCCAACGACACCAGGCUCCGACACUCUUGGACCCCCUGUUGGGUUGACAAACCAGAUGAAGUUGGAUUUCAUUCACGACACUCGACAGGCUUUUGGAAGAAGCACGCUUGUUCUUCAGGGCGGUGCUAUAUUUGGAGUGUGCCAUCUCGGUGUCGUGAAAGCGCUGUUCCUUCGGGGUCUACUCCCACGGAUCAUUACUGGGACUGCGACGGGCGCUCUCAUUGCCGCAUUGGUCGCUAUCCACACCGAAGAGGAGCUCCCAAACGUGCUCAAGGGAGAAGGCAUUGACCUGUCUGCGUUUUCGGGCAAGUUCAAAGCCGAAAAGGGUUUGCAAAAAGACCAAUCCUACGCGACGAGGUGGAAUACGCUUCUGAGAAGACUGAAGAGAUUCACUCGUGAGGGCUACUUUCUCGACGUGAAGGUUUUGGAGGACUGCGUGAGAGCCAAUGUCGGCGACUUAACAUUCGAAGAAGCAUACAACCGAAGCAAGAGGGUUUUGAACAUAACUGUUGCUACAGCCGACCAAGGGGGUGUUCCGACACUGCUCAACUACCUGACGGCGCCGAACGUGCUUAUAUGGACCGCCGCAGUGGCUUCGAAUGCCUCCACAGCCAGCCUCUACGGUCACCGAGAGACCACGGUGCUCUGCAAAGAUGCACACGGAAACAUCGUACCUUGGGCGCCGGCGAAUACAAUCGACUUCCACCAUUGGACCCACGUUUCGUAUUCAGACCGCGAGUCACCACUCCUCAGAAUCGCCGAGCUUUUCAACGUGAACCACUUCAUUGUCAGCCAGGCACGCCCUUACCUCAUUCCCUUUUUGCAGAGCGACAUGCACGGUCCGUCGCUCAUGGAGACGCGCAACAGCACGACGUCAAUCACGGCUUUUUUGGCUCGUAUGGUGGGCUUGGAGAUCAGGCAUCGCUUACGCCAGCUUGACACGUUGCGUCUUCUCCCGGCAGGUAUACGUCGCUUCCUCGUCGACGAACAAGUGCCAGGGGCUUCCAUGACGCUAGUGCCCGAAGUGACGGCCAGUGAUUUUGUACGCUUGCUCGAGACGCCGACGAGAGAGACGCUAGACUACUGGAUCUCAAGGGGUGAGCGGAGUGUUUGGCCUGCCGUUGCCGCGCUUCGGAUUCGUUGUGCCGUCGAGAAUGAGCUAGACAGGUCAUACCAAACCGUCCGUAGAUUGAAGGCAGGUGGUCUCCGGAGGAAAGGUUCAACAGCGGCGACAGUGUCUUUGGACAACAGCAACAAAGAACGAAGAGCUAGCAGUAUGGGAGCCGCAUAUUGA